CAGUAGAAUGUCUUUUUAAUUUUAUUUUCUUUCACUGUGUACAAAGCUUUCUAAUUUGAGGUAAUCCAAAUUGUUUAUUUUUGCUCUUAUUUCCCUUGCCAAUAGGGGUCAAGUCCUCAAAAAUGUUUCUCAUUUUUUUAAACAGAUGCAAUUACUACACAGAAUGGAUAUACCACUAUUUCACCAUUCUUUUAUACAUGAAUAUUUAAGUUCUUUUCAGGUUUUGGCUAUUUCAGACUGCUUCAGUAAAAAAUACUUGUACAUACGUUCUUGUACACAUACAGAAAUAUUUCUCAGAAUCAGCUCAUCAAUACUGGACAAAGACAUCUCUUUGGGAUUUUGAUUGGGUUUGCAUUGACUUUGGAAUAAUCUGGGAAGGGGGAGUUUGUGAAGAUGCUACUAUUGGGUCUUUCUACCAAGGAAAGGUUACUAUGGAAACAUAUGACCACAUAAAGGGAAGUCCAUUCUGAUAAUUCUAAUACCUGAGAUGUAACUGGACUCAAGAGUGGAAUAGGAAAAAUUUUAGUACCAACCUUAAUUACAAUGGCUACUGAUUCAGGGGAACCAACUAGCACAGAAGAUUCUGAGAAACCUGAUGGAGUUUCAUUGGAAAACCGAGUUCCUCAGGUUGCUGCAACUUUGAUAGUGGAAGCUAGACUAAAUGAGAAGAUCACUUCUCUGGGGAUCACCUCUUCUUGGGAAAAUAUAGAAAGGAAGCGAUUCUUCCGAAAGAGUGUUGAGAUGACAGAAGAUGACAAAGUUGCUGAAUCUUCCCUCAAAAAUGAGAGAAUAAAGAUGGCAACAAAUGUUCCAAGGGUAGAAAAGCUUUCUACAAAUGUGCUAAGAGGUGGACAAGAAGUUAAUUAUGAACAGUAUUCAAAGCCAACCUCAGAAUCCUCAAAAGAUUGUUUCAAGGAGAAAAAUGAAAAGGAAAUGGAAGAAGAAGCAGAAAUGAAGGCUGUAGCUACUUCUCCUAGUGGCAGGUUCCUGAAAUUCGACAUAGAGUUGGGAAGAGGAGCAUUUAAAACAGUGUAUAAAGGACUGGACACUGAAACAUGGGUUGAGGUUGCUUGGUGUGAGCUGCAGGACCGGAAAUUAACCAAAGCUGAGCAACAAAGGUUCAAGGAAGAAGCAGAGAUGUUGAAAGGUCUCCAACAUCCCAAUAUUGUUCGAUUUUAUGAUUCCUGGGAAUCGAUUUUAAAAGGAAAGAAAUGUAUUGUAUUAGUGACUGAACUUAUGACAUCAGGAACCUUAAAGACGUACUUAAAGCGAUUUAAAGUCAUGAAACCAAAGGUCUUAAGGAGCUGGUGCAGGCAAAUUUUAAAGGGGUUGCAGUUCUUGCACACUAGGACUCCUCCUAUUAUUCACCGGGAUCUGAAGUGUGACAAUAUUUUCAUCACGGGACCCACUGGAUCUGUGAAGAUUGGUGACUUAGGACUAGCCACCUUAAUGCGCACAUCAUUUGCUAAGAGUGUCAUUGCUUAUUAUCAGAACACAGAGUAUAAUACAUAUACAGAAUAUUUGUUAAUUGGCUUAUCGGGAAUAAAACCAGCCAGUUUCAAUAAAGUCACUGAUCCCGAAGUGAAAGAAAUCAUUGAAGGAUGUAUUCGUCAAAAUAAAUCUGCAAGGUUGUCUAUCAGGGACCUACUAAACCACGCAUUUUUUGCUGAGGAUACAGGACUAAGGGUGGAAUUAGCAGAGGAAGGUGAUUGCUCAAAUUCAUCCCUGGCUUUAAGACUUUGGGUUGAAGACCCUAAAAAAUUGAAAGGGAAGCACAAAGACAAUGAAGCUAUUGAAUUCAGUUUCAAUUUAGAAACAGAUACACCUGAGGAAGUAGCAUAUGAAAUGGUCAAAUCUGGAUUCUUCCAUGAAAGUGAUUCUAAAGCUGUUGCUAAGUCCAUUAGAGAUCGAAUCACCCUGAUUAAAAAAACAAGGGAGAAGAAGCCAGCUGGCUGUUUGGAAGAACGAAGAGAUUCCCAGUACAAGCCUGUAGGGAAUGUACUCCCCCAGCACCAGAGUACAACCUUGCCCUCUGCAACUCCUCAGCAGACCGGGGCUGAAUGUGAAGAAACUGAAGUUGAUCAACAUGUUCAACAACAGCAUCUACAAAGAAUAACACCACAGCAGCACUCCUCUGUUACAGGUGACAAUUUGUUCGAGGCAGGACCUGGAUCAGUUACAUACUCAGAUACUUCAAAUCAGCCAAGUAUAGUCUGUUCCUCAGACCAGAUGAUGGGCUCUCAAAUGGUUUCUAACAUCCCACAGACUGAAAUAAAUGUUCCAGGGCAAAUUUAUCCAUCCCAGCAACUAGUAGGACAUUACCAACAGAUUUCAGGGUUGCAGAAGCAUCCAAAGUUGACUCAUCCCGAAAUUUUGCCUUUGGUACAAAGUCAGUCCACUGUUUUGCCUGUACAUGUCCUUGGACUUCCAGUUGUUUCACAACCCCAGGUUUGCCCAUUAACUGUCCAGAAGGUCUCAGAGAUAAAGGUAAAUCCACUAUGUGUAGAGAAUAAUGCAACAUCAUGUCAGCAAUUCCCAGCUAGUAAAAAAGGGAUGUUCACAGAUGACUUACACAAGCUGGUGGAUGACUGGACAAAGGAAACAGUAGGAAAUUCUCUUAUUAAGCCAAGUUUAAACCAACUUAAACAGAGUCAACACAAACUGGACACAGACAACUGGAACAAAGUUUAUGAAAAUACUCCAUCUACUAUGGGCUACACAUCAACAUGGAUUUCUUCUCUGUCGCAAAUCCGUGGAGCUGUCCCAACCUCUUUGCCACAAGGACUCCCACUCCCUUCGUUUCCUGGGCCAUUAUCAUCAUAUGGAAUGCCCCAUGUUUGUCAAUAUACUGCUGUGGGGGGACCAGGAUAUCCACUACAGUGGGUAGGGAUUUCAGGAACACCACAACAGUCUGUAGCAAUUCCUGCCCAAUCUGGGGGAGUGUUACAGCCAGGGAUGAAUUUGCAGACGUUUCCAACUUCACCAGUGCAGAAUCCAUCUACAAUCCCUCCUGGUCCCAAAUGAAUCAGGGUAGAUGAUGAACAGGGAGACUUUUUCAGAAUUACUUUCAGGACACCUAAGAUAUUAAACUUUCCUCUUGGGUUCUGCAAUGUUUCCCCCCAUUUAUGUUUACUUCCCACUGUAUUUUUGUUGUUGUUGUUCCAAUGUGGUAUUUAAUAUAGCUCAUCACUCUGUAGAUCUGUGCAGAUUGUAUAUAGAAUACUGCACACUGAAUGUUUUUUCACUUCAACUCCUAUCCUCUUUGAUACUUGAUUUUUUAAAAAUACCAUUCAGAAUGCUUUAAUAAGCUCAACUUGAGUAUUACCAUUUCCAGGACAUUCCCCAUGCAUUGCUCUGAAGCCCCCGUUUUUUACUGCUGCUAUUUGCAGCUGUGUGAUACUUUUCUUUAAAAUGUAUGAAAACAAUUUAAAUUGAUAGUCCCCAAAUGUGGAUGAAGUGAGACCUUUCAAUAGCUGGAGUCUUAUGGGAGUUUUCACAUGUUUACCUUAGGUUUAUCUUUCACAGAAGGCAGGGUAACUUGCUGCAGAAAAUGUUUUGGUGUAUGAAAUUAGAAUAACUUUGUCAACUAAUAUAGAACAUGAACCCAUUUUAAUGUGAUUUUCUUCCCGUCAUCACAGCAGUAGAAGGAAUGAAGUCUUGUAUUAGGUGAGACGGAGAGAAAGGAGAAAACAGAACUGUAACAGUUCCUUGAUACUGCAGAUACUGUAGCUGCCUUAUGAUUUGAUAGUAAUUCAAAGCAGCUAACUCCUUGUUUCUCAUGUGCACACUACAUUGUUUUUGAGCAUUGAGAAGCAUUGGUUUGGCAUGCAUUCUUUUGUAAGGGAAAUAUGCAGCUGAUAUGAAUCUCAUUUGGGGGGAAUCUUUGUAUUCUUAAAAGAGAUUCAAGUUAUGCCUCUAACAGUCCGUUCUUAUUAAGUGAAAUUUACUUGAUACAAUAGGUUUUAUAGGUUUUGAGACUUAAACAUGAAAUGCUGGCUUUACAGGGUUCUAAGAAAUGUGGGGUAUACACUAUCCUUCAGUGAGAUACUAGGCCCUCGAAGGAUACUAUAUUACGUUACACUUAGCUUUUUUUUGAUUACCAUUUUUUAGUUGUUACAACUUCUUGUUAGUAUCUAUAGCAGCUUAGAUAAUUUUAGAUCUUAGAUGGUUUUGGCAGCCUCUUUAGAUUCUGAGAGAGAUCACUGUCAAGUUGCACUUUACUGGGUUUUAUCCAGUUUCAGGAAGAGGGGAGGCAAUGUCAAACUAUACACUUUUGGUUUUCAAGAAGGUUAACUGUAAUAAUCUUAAAAAGUUGGUUAUAGAGUUACCUAAUGCUCAUUCCGUUAAACCCAACAGAAUUCUUCAGUGGUAUUUAUCAUACCAUGUACACAUGUUUAAAAUAUUUGCUUUCUACUCUGAAGAUUUAAAAAUACAUAUUUACCUAAUAACAAGUUCUAUUUACUGGUAAAUAUCAGCCAACAUUUCUGUAUAACAGAUUUUCUUCCAUAUUCCUCUAAAAAUGUUAUUCCAUAAGCUUGCCAGAUAAUGAGGAAAACUUAAUGGGUGUACUUUUUUUUUUUUUUUUUCACAGUCUACUUUGUGAUAUUCAAUACCCUUUUUCAAAAACGUGUCUUAUAUGGCUUACCUAAUGAUCACACUCACCAUCAUAAAGAUUCUAUUGGUAUCAUUUGGGGCACCUAGGGCAGCAUUUUGAGAAUUGCUGUUGAUGAGGUCCACAUUUUUUUGUUUUUUUGUUUUCAUAAAAUAUACUGUGGUUUAGAUAAGUUUUUCUAAAUCUUAUAUAGAGAUUCUUCAAAUUUCUUCUAAAGUAUUGAUUUGCACGUUGAAGUGACUUGAGGCAUCAGUAUAAUGCAGAUGCUUGCAAUGCAAUGGUUUCCAUGUGUACAAAAAACAAUGCACCUAAAAUCCAUAAUUCUUUAAAACUGCUCAUGUUUCAUUUUAAGAGUUGGCUUUGUAUAAAUUACAUUGAAACAUACAACCUAUAAAGUAAAAGUGCUGCAGGUUUUAAAACUCCUUCUCCUUUAGUCACAAUCUUUUUAAACAGUGUACCCUAGGAUGAAAAGAGCUCCAUGGAUGACAUGCAUAAUUAUGCUUAAUAAAUAAAAUGGCUGUUCUACUCUAUAUGUCCCGCAUUUUGCCACCACCUCUGUUUUAUGUAUAAUUCAUCAUUUGCUUUCCUGCAGACUUUUGCAGUGCCUUGUAAUAUUUAGAAUCUUUUCAGAUUUUUUGCUGGAAAGAAAAGUAGUCUUCUAAAGUUUGAAGAUGGUGAAUACUGUAUUGCUGUCUCCAUGCUGGCUGUAGUAGUUGGGUUAACAUAUAUGUUAUAUAUACAUUGUGUAUAUGUAACAUGUGUAAGUUUUGAAAAGAAAUGAAAUGAAAGAAAGUGUGUUUGUGCAGAAAUGAAAAGAAAAGUGUGUUUGUGCAGAAAUGAAGAAUAGUGUUAUUCACAUCUCUGUGGUAUUUUAUUUAUUUUUCCCCAUUACUUAAAUGUUUGAUUCAGGUUAUAAUCAUUUAGACUAUAAAUAUUGGCUAGCUUUCUAUCUUGGGGUUUUGCAUUAUUUUACAAUUUUGCUAAAUCAUAUAAUAGUACUGUUUUCAUCCUUGCUGAGAAGUAAUUAACUCUUGAGGUAAAGCUCAAAAAUUCCCAUUUUAACAAAGACCCUACUAUAUAACAAGGGCUUUCUACACAUUUCCAAAACCACACAAACCUGUCCUUUUUCAUUUCCUCCUUGUAGAAGAGAAAAUGGUUAUACUAAACAUCUGCUUGUAAAAUUUAUUUUGGGUAUAGUCUCUGUGUCCAACCAAUAUGUUUACUUCUCAAAGUGCAAGUCUGAUGAAUAUAGUACUGUAUCUCUAUAUGUGGCAAUGUGAGCAUUUCAUCAUGAAGUACCUGCUGCUGUAUUUGUGACGUUGGGUAUAACAUCAUAAGAAUAUGAAACCAGUAUUGGUGUAAAUCUAAUGCAAAUAACCCUAUGUAUAUUUGUAGCAGUCGUGAAUCUCUACCUAAGGUAAUUUGCUGUAAUAUAACAAAUAUCCAUUCUGGUUUUUAUCCUUUUCUUACCAGUUUUUUAUCAAGCAUGAAUGUGAAUGGUUUGACAGCAAAAUUACCUGUGAAAGUUUAAAGGCACUUUUCUGCUGCAAUUCUUGGAUUGAGAGUGGAGUGUUAUGUAUAAUACGAUGGGAUAUAUCAUUUUAGAGCCCCAUAUUUUAUUCUAGUCCAAUUACUUUUGUUUAUCUACCUCGUUUUCAGUGCUGUUUUGGGGUGCACAAGUAAACACUGCCUGUGAGACUUGUUUUUUUGCCUUGAUUCUCAGUAUUUUUUCAGGUUAUAAAUUCUAUCCUGCCUCCUUGUCCCAGUGCUAACUCUGAGUUUGAGAUGAGAGUGAUCAUUACUCUGUCACCAAUCUGUAUUUAAGUGAAGAGAACCAUGUGCCUCUGUGAAAUAAACCUUGAGUAUUUGGGGAUGGAGAGCAGAGAAAUAAAUCCAGCAGGUGGCAAUAUAGGACUUAAUUUUAGGAGUUAUUUGUAAAACAAAUGAUAGGAAAGUACCUGAAUUAGACAGUCUAGUGCCUGUUACUUUGCAUCUUUUAUUAGAGGUGCAUUUCUCAUCUACGUGCCUAAAGGGCUAUGGGUUGAAAUUGCUUUAACUACCACAGUUAAAUAUUUCACUAUUCCUACAGCAAUGGCCUGUCAUCCAGCUUAUUAACAUACUGCUAAGUUUUUGCAGUAAUAUUUUGUUACCUUAAAAUGGCCGUAUACUUUUAUUUGAAUUGUAGUUGGUAACUGUUUAUCCAGUCUCUAAAAUUUAGGAGGCAUUGGCUUUUUCUCUGCUGUCUUUUCAAAAUGGUAAUGAUGAUGUAUUACUUUUUUCCCUGAAAAUUCAGCAAAUGUUUCUAAACCACAUGUUCCUUGUUUCACAUGUUUACACUUUUAUACUGUAGCAUAUUUCAUCUUGGUAAAUACUGUAUUUCAGGCAUCAUAUAUAAGUACAUUCCUGAGGUUUAUUUGGCAUCAAUUUGGUAUUCGGUUAUUUAAUCUUUUGUUUGGUUCAGAAAAACGUAAGAUAUUUGUGGUGGUGUGCAGGUCAUUUUCUAGAAUUGAUGGUUCAUUUUUCAUUCUGUAGUUUAUUGGGGAUUUCUUUUUCCCUUCUUUGUUUAGAUGAUGAAUCAGAAAGCGGGGAAUGGGAAUAGAAAAGGCCAUUGAUUUGGUAAAUGUAAUUUCUGGGAUUGAAAUUUUAAAAAAGAAAUGCAGAUUGUAAAAUGGUACCACUCAAACCUGGUAAAAUCCCUUCAAGUGAAAUUAGUAUAAAAUGUUUAUGGAGCCAGGUGCUUUCAGGUCACUUUGAAAAUAGUUUUUUAUGUGAAGGAUGAACAUAAACAUUGGUCGGGGUCUUUGACAGCCAACAUGCAUAGGGACCUAGAAUAGUAACUAGGUUACACUGAAGUUAUUUUUAACGGAGAUAGCUGGAAAACUGUAUAAACCAGCAGCUCCCGUUCUAGAAGGUUGUCUUUUGAUUGAAAAAAAAAAUAGCCCAAAGAAAAAGACUAAAAGUCAAGCAAGAAGGAAAGAGAGAAACUGGGUUCUGAGAAAAAUGUGCUAGUGUAAAAUGAACUCCUAAAUGUGUGCUUGUCAUCCUUUCAAUUUUAUUUUCUUUCUUUUCCUCUAUAACUUAAGACUUUAGAUAGAUGUUUGUGGUCCAGAACACAUCCUCAGCAGAAGUAGUGACUGAUUGGAAAGUACAGUUGUUCAAGGUCUGUCAUGCUCAAUCACUUAAAGCUGUAAUUUGUUUGAUCUGAAUAUUAAGCAUGUAGACCUAGUGCAGCAUCGGAGCCACUCAGGAAGUUUAUGCAAUUAAUAAACUUUCACACAUAAUUUACUACAAGUAUGCAGAAUUUCAGCGACUUCUUUGCUCUUAACAUUUAGUUGUAUAUGUGAAUUAUCCUUUCUUAAUUGGGGAAUGUAGCAUUAUAUAGAGUAUUGAUUUUAAUUCUUAACAUUAAUUGUUUUUCUUUUGUAAACCAAGUGAUCUGCCUUUGGUUCUUGGAAAAUGUGACUUUUAUUUCAUUUGUACCCAACCAUUGUAAGGAUUUUGUUUGUUUCCAGGGAAUUUUGUUUUGAAACAGAAAAUAAAG